UUUCAAAAAUCAAGGGCAUUUUCGUACCUCUGCCUCAAGAUUUUGGCAAAUAAAUGCACGCAGUUCUGCCUUUCACUCUCAGUCUCGGUUUUGGGCUUUGACAAGCCACUGACAAAAACAAAGAGAGCCACAACCUCUGCAAGACUUUUGGGGAGAAAACGAUGGCUUCAGAUUCCAAAAUUCACAAAUUCGAUGAGGUUGCAAAGCACAACAAAGCUAAGGAUUGUUGGCUUAUCAUCUCUGGCAAGGUCUAUGAUGUCACCCCAUUCAUGGAUGACCAUCCUGGAGGAGAUGAAGUUUUGCUGUCCUCAACAGGGAAAGAUGCAACAAAUGAUUUUGAAGAUGUGGGUCACAGUGAUUCAGCUAGAGAGAUGAUGGAAAAGUACUACAUUGGUGAGAUUGAUGCAUCAACUAUUCUGGCAAAACGUAACCACAUUCCUCCAAAACAAGCUGCCUACAAUCGUGAUAAGAGCUCAGACUUUUUUAUCAAGAUCUUGCAGUUUCUCGUGCCUCUCUUGAUCUUAGGCUUAGCCUAUGCAGUCCGACACUUCACCAAGAAAGACUAGGCUAAGUACACUACAAAUGGUUCCCCAUGUUAAGGGUAACUGUGGACUGCAUGACUUAAAUUACGAAAGGUUUUUUAUUCCCCCCAUUAGUUUUCCCUGCAAUGUCUGCCUAAAAUUAAAGAAUGGUUUAUAGUUGGUCCCCUUCGGGCCUGUCUGGAAGUCUAUUUGGACAUCUGUUUCAUUCGUGAUAGGACAAUGUUUGCCUUUUCUGGAUUAUAAGCAGGUUAUAUUUUCUUUUCUUGA